CUCCGCCCAUUUCGAACGUUUCCCGGGCAAGCCUCUUCAGCUCGCGCCGCUCCUUCCUUCCGGGUCACGGGGCCUUUCCUAUUGCCUGGACCGAAGCUCCGCCCACAAGUGACCGAGGUCCCGCCCCCAAAAGGGAGGGGAUGGCUGGCCGAGGAGGAGGCGGAGGUGGGAGGGGGCGUGGCCGAGGGGGUCACAUGACCUUUAGCGUGGAGGCCAUCGGCAUCAUUGGCAAGGGGGAGGCGCUCCCCCCACCCACCCUCCAGCCCUCCCCAUUGUUCCCACCCUUGGAAUACAAGCCGCUUCCUCUUCAGACGGGAGAAGAAGUCGAAUAUAUGUUGGCUUUGAAGCAGGAGCUCCGGGGAGCCACCAAAAACCUGCCUUAUUUCAUCAAACCUUCCGCCCCAAAGAAAGAUGUGGAACGAUAUUCUGAUAAAUACCAAAUAUCCGGCCCUGUUGAUAAUGCCAUCGAAUGGAACCCCGACUGGAAACGGCUGCCCCAGGAAUUGAAGAUCCGGGUGCGGAAGCUGCGGAAGCAAAGAGAAUUGGUUCUGGCCCCGAAACGUAAAUCCCAGCUUCCGACGGAUAAAGAGGAAACCAUCAAGAAACUGGAGACUUUGGAGAAGAAAGAGGAGGAAGUGACGUCGGAAGAGGAAGGAGAGGAAGAAGGGAACGAGGAAGGGAAGGAGGAGGAAGCAGAGGAGGAGUACGACGAGGAGGAGUUCGAGGAGGAGACGGACUACAUCAUGUCUUACUUCGACAACGGGGAGGAUUUCGGGGCCGACAGCGACGACAACAUGGACGAGGCCGUGUAUUGAAGACCUGGAGGGAGAGAGAAAGAGAUACGCGCACACAUAUGUAUUCUGGGUACGUCUGCACUGCAGAGUUAACCCAGUUUGGUACCUCUUUGAGGCUACCAUUAUUAUGAGGUGGUGCUUUUCGGCCCAUUGGCCUCCAGGUGGCGUCGUUGCUCAACUUCAGAUGUAAAUAAAGAGAUAUUUCGAACUUU